AUGGCUCACGAUGCUGAGUGUUAUAAAUGAUUAACUACAAUAAAUGGUUAAUCAUUACAUAUUAGUAUUAUAUAUUAAUUCAUGAUUAUUAUGAAAGUAACUCGUGGGAGCAAUCAGGAGCUUCCUAGCCUGCCUCAAAAGCAACGGAGAACUUGUAACGGAGCUGAUAUAUAUAAAAAUAUAUAAGUUGCUCUUCAAACAUAAACUUAGUGUUCAAUAUUUGCCAUGUUUGAAGAAGAUAGGCUGUGUGUGUGUGUGUGUUUUAAACGAUUGCAUUUGAUACGCCGGGCGUAAAAAAAAAAGUUUCUCCAACUUUUAAAACGGAUUAAAAGUCUCCGGGUGUUUAUUGUAAACCGAAGCCUUUGACUUGAUUAACAUUAUUUGAUGUAGCGAUACGUUACUCGAAUUUGCUAAGGAGCUUCUCUUUCCCAUCAGGAUGAGUCGAGACAAGAUCGACGAAUCUCUCCGCGCCGGCGACGAGAUGGAGCUCGCGUCGCAGUCGAGAGCGAGGAGGCUGGCUGUGUCUUGGCCGCAGUCGAUGGAAGAUGAGCAAUCGCUGCAGCGGCUGAGCCAGAAGGUUGCGCUGGAGAGGAAGGAGCGUGACCUGAACGAGCGCAAGUUGCGCGAGGCCACGCGGGAGCUCAUGGACUGUCGCCUGCAGGUGCUCACUCUCGGGAGGGAGUUCAGCAGAAUGCAGGAGAUGGCAAGAAUCUUGUUGUUGAGCGGAAGCCGUCGCGAAGACGAUGACCCAUCAGAGCCCAGGACGCUUCGCAAGGACGAUGGCACGUGGCGCGGCACGCGUGGAGUGGUCGGGUCAGCGGCCUCGGCAGCCUCGGAGGUUCCGGACGACGGCCCCCUCCUCGACACGUCUCCCUCGGCUGUGCGCUCGCUCACGCAGAGGCUGCACUACCUGGAGGCAGAGAACUGUGCCCUAGCGCUUGAAAAUGCAGCCCAGCGUGAGCACUACAGCUGCUGUCUUGAUGAGGUGUCCAAGCAGGUCAUGCAGGCUGUGUUGACGCAGCAGGCUAUGAGGGAGCAAUGUACGGCGCUGAAGGCGCGGCUCAUGAAUGUGGAGCGGCAGAACCGAACCCUGGCCACAAUCCUGCUCGAGACCCUUGGCAUCCCCGCCUGCCCUGGGGGGCUGCAGUGCCACAGACAGCCACGGCUGGCAUUCGAUAAAAGCGGAGCUCUCUUCCCCGGCCGCAAGAGAGGGCGGCACUUUCAUUCAGCCGGCUCUCGUCACGGCGAGGGCCACAGCCCAGCGUCGCCCCGGCCCAGCGUCGACUCGUCGUCCAGUCUCCCGGCGACGGCCCCCAGUUCACUGACAGUCACUAGCGGGGAAGAUUCCAUCACAGGUCAGCACGAGUCCCCUGCUCACGGAAGGCAGAGCGUCGGCGGCAGCACCUCAUCAUCCGACACUGACGCGUCAGUCAGCGACGGCGAAGACACCUUCCGAGACGUGGGCAAUUUCCACGGCGACGAGUUUUCACGCCGCGGAGACGCCUUGUACGGCGAGGGCAUUCAGCUAACGUGGGCAGAGCAGCGCAGCAGGCUGCGCGAUGGCUGCAACCGAUGGCCGGCGAGCAGCAAUCUUCAGCUCGGCAGUCGGGAGCGUGCACAGUUUCUGUUGGAGAAAUGGUCAUGGACCGGAGGAUUACGUUUCACGAAGACGGAGUGCUCUCCAAGGUACCCAGCAGCUCUACCGCCAACCAAUAAACCAUGCACUGCUGUGAGCAGGCACGGUGACAAUAAAGGGCCGUCUGAUGUGGCAUAUUCCGUUAGUUGUGCAUCGUCGGAAUUCCGUGAAUGCCCGGGCGAUGCGCCUGCUGAUGAGAUGCAAGUUGUCGUGGAAGAGGAGGAGGUUGUAAGAAGUAGCUCUGCUGCAAGGCCAAUUAAUAUAUAUUCCCGGUUCCUAAAAUCUCACAAAAAGAGCAGUAAGUUAGACGGGGCAGUGCACAACAUUGCUUUUUGUGAACCCCAGCGUUUCAGGAUAAACGCGCGUGAAUCUCUCCAGGCCGUUUCGGGCAGAAUCUCGGCGAGCGACAUGGAAUGCGUGAACGAAUCCAGUGAAUUGCACUGUGGUCUGCCGGUGUCCAGUCGGAGUGUGACAUCGAGCGCCUACGGUCCGCGAGAUUUUUCGCUGCGUCCCGCGCGCCCUCAAGCGGGACGGAGGAAGACGGCGGCCGCGGCGCACGCAACGCCGAGGUCCGUCGAUGCGAUUUCCAUAGCGGGGAAAGUCAGCGCCCCGCGGCUGGGUGCGGACGAUGCGCCGUGCGCGCCGCGGGCCUCGACCGAGAUCCAUUCCGUGCCCUUGGCCGAGGCGAGCGACGGCGACAGCGCGCAUCGCGGAGGGCGGCACGCGGAUCGCGGCCGCGGUUUGUCCAGGGCGGACAAGCCACAGCUCAGGCCGGCCCUUGGGACACAGAUCGCGAUGGCGAGGAGCCAGAGUUUUAGCAAGCAGCCGACCGAAUCUUCGUCCCUCGGCCCCAGAAUCAGGACUCGCAUCAUCACCGGCACGGCAAGGCGGGCGGAGCUUUACGUCGGCGGCGGCGGCGCUUCGCUCGCCGACGCAUCGCGCUUUGCGGCGGCCGGCGCGCGGGGGGAGAACUUUCACUCGAUGUCCAAGGUGGACGUGAUUUCCAAUCGAAUGACGUUAGAGCACAGGCCUCAGUCAGAGCCUUGUCUGCUCAGGGAGAGUGUGAAGUGUUUUCAGCGGCCUUCGCCACACAACGUUGGCACUCCACAAGCGCUGGCGCCUUCCCGCGAUGCCAACGUGGCCGUGAAGGAAUGCGAAAGUGUCAAUGACAUGGUCUCUGCGCGAGGGGGUGAGUCCAAGUUGACCGUGGAAAAAGGUCAGAGAGAAGAAAGUGACGGAACUGCAAGCAUCAAACACAAAUUAGCUAGAUUGUCUUAUAUAUUUUCAAGAAAAAGCUCAGAGGCCAAUUCCGACAUAAGAUUCCAAUCGAAUGGUGGGACAUGUAGACCAAAAACAGAAUCAAUGUCACCAAAAAGCACGAUUGAGCCACAACAUCGGAUAACGAAUGUCCCCAGGAGCAGCGACGUUCUCGUGCCCAAUUCACCCGAAUGUGCGCCGAGCCCAGCAGACGGGAAGUACAAGGGUGGCGGCAGCCUUGAAAAGGUCAGAGGUCAUCCCGGAUGCAUCAUUAGCUCCACUUUGACGGAGUUGGUGCCCUCAUUCGUGCCUCUGCCAUCCAUCGAGGAAAAAGUCAUGCAGGAGAUCCAGGCGAACGUGCUGAGGCAGUCCAAGAAGCAAAUGCUGACCUCCGUCGGAAGCAAGACGUCUCUGGUGAAGCCCUUCUUCAUCGCGAGCCUCCUGGGCCUUCGCAGGAGCAGGCCUUCGUGCGGCAGGGCGGCGGCACCCCCCGCGGGUAAAGCCACGGCGCCCAAGAGGGCGGGGCGAGACCCGGCGAUGCCGCCGUUGCCACCUCAAGACAAUGAGGAGCGCGCUGUGGAUCGAGCGAAGCCGGGCAAGUGGGUUGAGAUGAGAGGAAGGCCAGCAGCGGCGACGGGGACGGGCGUUGCGCCGGACGCUGGACAGCGGCCGGGCGCAAAUGGAAGUUGGGGAACGAGUGGAGAUCCGGGCGACGCUUCAGACGUGCAAGGAGUUGGGACGAAUACUCCGACAAGGGAUGUGAGGGCAGCGUGUCUUCUCAGUGACAGCGCAGAGGACGCCGGCAAUGGCCAUGCCCGCUCUCGCUUGCCUUCCCAUAAUGCCUUGCUCCUCAAGAAUACCCGCAUUCCCAGCGCCGAUCGACUGGUGAGCUUAUGGCAUGACGUGCGCUGCCAUCCCACUGGCACGUCCACUCUGGGCGUAAAAAACACGCUCAAGCCAGAUAAACACUUUUGAUAAUGAUGAUGAUAAUAAUAAUAGUCCGUGUGCACAUUGAUACACCAAGCAGAUCCGCCUUUUCUUCCUCCUCAAUCCUACAUAUUUUCCACACGUGCACAGCCGCGUGUGUUCAUGUGGAGAGCCGUCUGAAGUACUCGGGGGAGACGGAACAUUGCAUUUUAGUUUUUGUUUCCACCCAUUACUUCAUCUGUCAGCAUUUCAAGUAAACAUUUGAAGAUUGAAUCUUUAACAAAGUAGAUGUAAAAAAAAAUUAUCUUCGCAGUUGUGGCCGAAACGUCGUGAAUUUUGUUGUUUUAUUUUUUACCUACGUGACUUUACCGAAUAGAACCAA